GUCAAAAAGAUUUUUGUUUACGUUUAUAAAUUAAAAAAUUGUCCGUUUUGCAUCAAGUGUUGCGAGAUCGAUAGGAGCAUGGAAACGAAAAGUGCAAGUAAUUUUUGGUGGCUUAAAUCUACGAAAACACCUAUCAAAACGACAGUGCCAAAAUUGGACUUGGAAAUUUCAAGUUCUCUUGCCGAAUUUUUGGAGAAAGAACAAAACGUUCAGUUGACAGACAAAGAUGAAGUGGAUGUUGGCAGUAUAAUUGAAGAAAUUAAUAGAGUGGCGGCACAAAGUCCUUUAGGUCCUUUUAAUUCAAGUCAACGUGAGAGGAGUAUUGAUGACAUCAUGAAAGAAGCUGAAAAAAUUUACAUGGAAAGUUCAAAAAGUUUUGAACAGUUGAGUCAAAGAUCGAAAACGUCUCAGAAUGUCUCUGAUUUGCAUACAUUGAGUAAUGGUUCAACUCCAACUCCAAAGAGUUUAAGUCCUUUACCAUUGGACAAUUGUAAGCAGAGUGAUUCGGACAGUGAUUCUUACAAUGAAGACUUUUUAGAUUUAAGCAAAGUUGAGUCUACUCCUUCACCAAUUAAUAACAAUGAUCAAGCACAACAGAUGAAUAUAAUAGAACUAGAACUGGAUAAAGUGUCAGAAUCUAUCAAGGGUAAAACUGUUAAAGAUCCAAAUGAGGGUGUUGUUAACCAAAUAUUCAUUCAAAACAAUGAAAAUAACAAUAUAAUUGAUAAAUUUGAGCGAGAAACUAAAGCAACUGAAUCUACAGUAAAUAAUGAGGGGUACUUGAAAUACAAGGAAGAAAUAGAAAUCAAGGAUGACAUAAUCAAGAAUUUGGAAGAAGACAACAAACAACUCAGAAAUGAUGUAAAACGAAUCAAGGACGAUUUAGAGGACGCUAAACUUCUUCUGGAAAACACCCGAGCUGCACUGAAUGCAAAAAUGAUUUCCUCUCCCGCAAUCAAUUUGGAAUUGGAAAGGGCUUUGGAAGACUUGAAAGACUCGAAAGAAAUUAACACUUCUCUGCAGUUACAAAUCGACACUCUGAACAAAACUCACCAACAUUUAAAAAGUAGUUACGACGAUUUGCUCGGUUCCAACAAAAACCUGGAGAGAAGAAUGGUCGAACUGGAUUCGAUGUUGGACAAAUACAAAACAGAGUUGUUCGCGAUGCAAAGAACAAGAGAUAAACUGUUAGACGUUGAAGGGAAUUUAAAUAAAAUGUUGGAAACGGAGAAAUUGCAAACCAAGUCUUUAAAACUGCAAAACGAAAAAGAUGCGAAAUGCAUUCAAGAUCUGAAUAGACAAAUAAAAGAAAUGGAACGGAUUAUUGCGAGAAAACAUCCGGAUUCAGUUUCGGCACUGAUUGUUGCAGCCAAAAAGGACGAAACUGAUUCUAAUUUGUCCGCAAGGAAAUUGUUAGAAGAUCGUAUAAAACUAUUGGAACAAGAGGCUGUCAGUAGAGACAACCAGUCGUCUAAAAUAUUCGUAGAGAUACAAGACAAGUUCAACCAAAUGAAAUUGAAAUAUGAAAGCCACAUAGAAGAUUUGGAGUUACACGUCAGCGAUUUAAAAACGCAGUUGAAAAAGAAAGUCGACACUUUUGAUGUUUAUACGCAAACGACAAACGAGGAACAAAAAAUUCCUGAAAAAGAAUCACACAGCAUCCAGAUACAAACCGAUCCGAUACCAAUCAAACCACCAAAAGUUGUGCCUGUCAAAGUCCGUAAUGAAAAAGUGCAAGAAGUGAAAGCCGAAACGCACCUAAUUGCUACCAUUAGAGGAUUACAAACGGACCUUUGUAAUAAAGAAAAGGUCAUAAACAGACUGCAAAAAGAUAUCGACGAACUGAGGAAGACGAAUAGGAGAUUGCAAAAGGAGCGCGAAGGAAGUUUGAGGAGUCUGAACGAUAAGAGAGAGUUCAGAAGUUAUCCUGAGAAAUUAGCGCAAGCGAAUUCCGAUUACGACGAAGACGUUAGAAUUUUGAAGAAUGAGAAGGAGAAACUACAGAAACAAUUGCGACGGGCCGAAGAGGAUUAUCAAAAUUUGAAGGAAAAGCGAAUAUUCGACCUUACGACACUUCAAGAGGCUCAUGAAUGCGAAAUGUCUAAUUAUAUGUCGAAUAUUACUCCGCUUAGAGAACAACUAGAGGUGCAACAAGUUUCAAUUUCCACUUUGCAACAACAACUGACAAGCUGUAAAGAAGAACUUGCAAUUGUGACUGUGGAAAGAGACCAUUUGAACAAGCGUCUUUUAGGAUUAACUUCUGACAAUUCAUUCCCCAACGAACGGGACGUAGAUGAACUCCAAAGAAAGAUUGCUUAUUUGGAGACCAGGUACGAAGAAAGGGAACACAGAUUGAGAGCAAUAGUUCACGGUUUGGCGCAGAAAAACGUAACAAAUCGAAGUUGUGAACAGUGCGCUGAGAGACAACUUCAACUGAUCGGAUAUAAAAACGAGUUGGAUCAGAUUUUGGCAACUGUACGAGCUCUACAAUAAUGAUAUAGCGAUCACUGAUAGAUGGUUUUAAGAGUUUAUUCUUUAUAGAGGAAUGUUACAAAUGUUUAGAAGAAAUCUUCCAUUCAGAAUAGUUUAUGUUCUUCCAAAAAUUGUUAAUAGUUUUAACUGUAGACUGUUUAAUUGUGAUUGUCUUAUUUAUUUUUAUUAUAUCGAUUUUAAUUGUUUUCGUUUUAAAGCCAAAAUGUUAUGGUAUUACUAGUCCAUUUUUUUGUACAACUUGAUAAAUAUAUAUUUGAUAAUUGUAACUUUUAAAUGCAAGUAU